AUGACUUCUUCAAAAGAUGUCCUGAGAAAAAAUCUGAAGCUAAUCCAUGGCUGUCCCAUCACCUAUGCUUUUGCAAACAACUGGGAAAAGAUUGAACAGUUCCAAAGCAGACCAGAUGACAUCGUGAUAGUCACUUACCCCAAAUCAGGUACCACUUGGAUCAGUGAAAUUGUGGACAUGGUUCUACAUGAUGGGGAUGUUGAAAAAUGUAAGCGAGAUGUUAUAACUGCUAAAGUUCCAAUGUUGGAACUGGCUUUUCCUGGACUAAGGACUUCAGGUUUAGAACAACUGGAGAAGAAUCCAUCACCCCGGGUUGUGAAAACACAUCUGCCAAUUGAUCUCAUUCCUAAAUCUUUCUGGGAAAACAGCUGCAAGAUCAUUUAUUUGGCUCGAAAUGCAAAGGAUGUUGCCGUCUCAUUUUACCACUUUGACUUAAUGAAUAAUUUGCAGCCUCUUCCUGGAACCUGGGGAGAAUAUCUAGAGAAAUUCUUGACUGGAAAUGUGGCCUAUGGUUCCUGGUUUAAUCAUGUUAAAAGUUGGUGGAAGAAAAAGGAAGAACACCCGAUACUUUUCUUAUUCUAUGAAGAUAUGAAAGAGAAUCCAAAGCAAGAAAUCAAGAAGGUUAUUCAAUUUCUAGAGAAAAACCUGGAUGAUGAGAUCUUGGAUAAGAUAAUCCAUCACACAUCAUUUGAAAUGAUGAAGGACAACCCUCUAGUGAAUUAUACACAUCUACCAAGUGAAGUGAUGGACCACAGCAAGUCCUCAUUUAUGCGCAAAGGGAUUGCAGGUGACUGGAAGAAUUAUUUCACAGUGGCCCAAAAUGAGAAAUUUGAUGCCAUUUAUAAGAAGGAAAUGUCUGAGACUGAACUUCAGUUCCGUACAGAGAUUUGA